GAGAAGACUUCACAUACUACUUGGCGUGAAAAAUUUAAACUAAUUGAAAAAAACUAUGACAGUAUUGUCUUUAUUGUUAUAAUCGUAAAAAGUGUCGUUCGAGGCACUGCAGUUCGAUUAGAAAGUGAGGAGAGAGUUGGAAAGGAAGCCAAUGCGUGAAACGUUGGGUAAAUUGCAUUCAUACCGUGAGAGUAUUCGAAUAAAAAUAGUGCUAAAAAUCGCCAGAAAAAUUUCUGUGAUAAAAGAUGAACGGGGAUGAUGAGAAGAUACGUAUAUUGAGAGAAUGGAUAGCCAAACAGCCGCAUCUUCCUCAAAAAAGCGAUGAAAAUCUUGUAAGGCGAUUUUUAAAAUGCUGCAACGACAGUAUAGAACGCUCGAAACAAUUAAUAGAUUUGUAUUACACGCUUCGGUCCCACGUACCGGAGGUUUACUCCAACAGAGAUCCCACCGCUCCGGAGAUACAAAGAAUAUUCGAAAAUAUACAAUUUCUUCCUUUGCCGAAAUUCACCAAAGACAACCACCAGCUCUUCGUGUACAGGAUCCUAACCAGCGACAUCGAGCAUUACGAUUUCGUUAACAGCGUGAAGGCUUUUUCCAUGGUGGCCGAUGUGCGAAUGGUGGAGGAAACGGCCAUCGCGGACGGGGAAGUACCGAUUUUCGAUAUGAAAAAUUUUACCGCCAAGCAUAUCACCAAAGUAGUUUUUCCCGUGAUGAAAAAAUUACUCAUUUACUCCCAAGAAGCUCACCCAAUGAAAUUAAAGGAAGUCCACUACGUCAACGCCCCGCCGUUUUUGAACAAAUUCCUUUCAAUUCUAAAGCCCAUAAUAAAAAGCGACGUAUUACAAAUGAUACAUUUUCAUCCUCCCAAUUCCGAAACCCUCUUCGAGCACGUUCCAAAGGAAUUGCUUCCAGAAGAGUACGGGGGCACGAUUGGAAAAUGCGACGACAUAGCGAACAGGUGGCAACGUCUCGUCUUGCAAAGGAAAGACUAUUUGACUGAUGAUGGUUAUUGGAAGGUAGAGGAAAUUAAAAGGUCCGCCAACGAAGGUAACCCGGAUUAUUUAGGCAUUCAAGGCUCGUUCAAAACCAUCAGUAUUGAUUGAAUUGCAC